ACAAACGAGAUGUCAACUGGCUGUUUGUUUUCCAGGGGCGAGUUCAGUGGUGAGGUGUCUUUGAGAUGUGUAGGGUCUGUAUGGAGAGUUGCGAUGUAUGGGGUCGUAAGGGUCGUAUGUGCGAAUGUCCCGUUGAAGAGUAGGAGCAGUAGCAGGAGCAGUAGAGCAGUGUGAAGGUGGAAAUCGAGCCACUUUUAAGCGAAGCGAAGGGAACGGACGAAGCUAGACGGCUAGACGAAUAACAAGCAAGCAGAAAGCAGAGAUAUCGAUGCGGUCGGUGAUGCCGAGCGGGAUCAUGAGAAUUAGAGUCGAUUCUGACGGGAGUGUCGGGAGGGGAUUAUGUCAGGGUUUUUCUGCGUGGCUGUAUGUAAUGGUUUCGGAGGCAGCGGUUGUAAAGGAUCCCACAUCAAAGGUUGCAGAAUAUAGAAUGGUGGUGGCUCGAAUAGAGUGGCCGUGGUUAGGAGGGGGAGUGUGGCGAUGCUGGAUGAUGGUGAUAGCGAUAGUGAUGAUGGUAUUGCUGCUGCUGCUGAUGAUGAAGAUAGUGGUGGUGAGAUUCUUUCUAAUAUUCUGUAAUCGGCGCGGUCAUUCGGGCGUCCUUAAAGAAGCGGCGAUGGUGACCUUUUUGAGGGGGGGAUGGAGAAAGGGUUAGGCAGUGCUGAGGGUUAAGUGGGAACGUUUGCGAGUGUAACCU